CGGAGCGAAAUGUGGGCGCUGGCCGUGCGCCUGGGUCUUCGGGCUGUGGCGCGCGAGCGCCGGGGCUUUACCUCCAAGGCGGAUCCUCAGGGAAGUGGCCGGGUCACGGGCGAGCUGAUCCAGCACCUGGAGCGGCUAUCACUGGUGGACUUCGGCAGCCAGGAGGCUGUGUCCCGGCUGGAGAAAGCCAUCGCCUUCGCCAACCAACUCCGCGCGGUGAACACCGGUGGAGUGGAGCCCAUGGAAUCAGUCCUGGAGGACAGAUGUCUGUACUCGAGAUCUGACGAUGUGGUAGAAGGCAGCUGUGCUGAAGAACUACUACAAAACUCCCACCGAGUUGUGGAGGAGUAUUUUGUGGCUCUGCCAGGUAAUAUCUCAUGGUCAAAGCUGGAUGAAAAAUAGCCCUUCUCACAUAGCUGAAUAGCUAUUCUGGGAAGGGGCGUUCUAUAAACAUGUGGAAGUGCAGCAACUACUUUGCAACAACUAUUUUGUUAUUAUGAACACUAAUGUACCACUUCCUUCAGUCACCUGAAAAAAGUGAUGGCUAGGAAUCUUUUAGUAACUAAUUCUGAAGAUAGAACUGGGAAAGAUCUAGCCAAAAUAAGGCAGAGUCCCUGAUACCAACAGGAAGUGGAAGGUACGGCUGAUU